UCGCUCCAAGCAAUCAUGAGGGGUGUGUUCCUGUUGCUUGGGCUUGUUGGAUUAUGCAAUGCAUCAGUUUUAACGGUUAACGAUGAAAUUCACAUGCGAUCUAAAAGGAGUUCAGAGUCUGAAAUGACAAGGAUCAGAAACAUGUCCCCCUCAGACAGACCAAACUGUCAACCAGGAGUGACGCCUCCCAAAAUCCAGGUAGACACUACAGAACGGCUAUCUGAUCUUCGCAACCGUUUUACUGCCGCUGGCAUUCAUGGUUACCUGGUGCCUUCCGAGGACGCUCAUCAGAGCGAGUACCCUUCGAACUAUGACCUUCGACGAGAGUUCAUUUCUGGCAUGUCUGGAUCAGCUGGUCGUGCUGUAGUUUUGCAGAACAAGGCUGCUUUAUGGGCGGACGGACGGUACUUUCUGCAAGCUGAGGACGAGCUGGAUUGCCACUGGAUAUUGAUGAAGCUAGGAGAAGAAGGUGUGCCUACCGUGACAGAAUGGAUAGAAGCAAAUCUUAUGGAUGGUCAGAGUUUCGGAGUCAACACAUAUCUCAUUAAAAACGUUGAAUGGGAUGAAAUGUCCAAAGAUCUCGCCAAAAAAGGGAUUACGUUGAAAGGAGUUACGCCGGAUCUUAUAGACCAGAUCUGGACAAGUGGCCGUCCAGACCAGCCAAACUCACCAAUCAACGCCUUACCUCUCAAAUACUCAGGGAAAUCCUGGCAGGAUAAGAUCAACAAUAUGCACGUAGCGAUGGCAGAGAAAGAAGCGGAUAUCAUGAUUGUAACAGGACUGGACGAAACAGCAUGGUUAUUCAACCUCCGAGCUUCUGACAUAGACUACAAUCCAUUUUUUCUCUCGUACGCCAUUGUGAACAGAGCCGCCAAUACCACGAUACUUUACAUAAAGAGUGCCACUAGCAAGCUGACCGCUUCACCUACAGAUGCCGCUACAACUGAAACUGUGCAACAACAUCUCAAUACAGGAGCAAGCGGGUCUUGCAGCGGGCGAACGGGCAUGUGUGUCACCGUUAAGGAGUAUAGCAACCAGCAGUUGCAGAAUGAUAUUUCUUCAGCUGUCUCAACAACAACCGGGUACGUGUGGGUGUCGUUCGGCUGUAGUCGGGCAGUGUACAGCAGCAUUACUGCAGAGAGAGUCAUUCAAGACAACACUCCAAUAGCUCUGCAAAAGGCACAGAAAAAUACGGUAGAACAACAAGGAAUGCGCAACUCACACAUCAGAGAUGCGGUUGCUCUGAUAAAGUUCAUGGCAAAACUUGAGAAAGAAGUUAAAGAAGGGAAGCAUUGGACAGAAGUGAAAGCCGCAGCGGAUCUUAAAAAACACAGAAUGGCGGUUAAGGAUAAUCGUGGCCUCAGCUUCUCCACCAUAGCAGGUUCCGGUUCUAACGGAGCAGUAAUCCAUUACUUCCCCACCAAUGACACUGACAAGGAUAUCACAACAUCUGACAUGCUUCUCCUCGAUUCAGGCGGCCAGUACCUGGAUGGUACCACUGACGUUACCAGAACAUUCCAUUUUGGAACUCCCACAGCCUACGAAAAGGAAUGCUACACCCGUGUCCUUAUGGGUCACGUGGAUUUAGCUGACUUCGUAUUUACUGGAGGUCACUUGGGUCGUGAAAUUGACUCAAUAGCAAGACGACCUUUGUGGGAUGUCGGCCUUCAGUAUCGACAUGGUACCGGACACGGAAUCGGCAUGUACCUGAGUGUGCAUGAGGGCCCUGGACGGAUAUCUUUAUCUCACUCUAGUUUUAUCAGUGAUGAACCGCUUAAUGAAUUCCAGUUCUUCUCCGAUGAGCCAGGCUAUUAUGAAGAUGGACAAUUCGGGAUCCGUUUAGAAAACAUUGUCAUGGUUAAAAAAGCCACAACAAAGUACCAAUUUCCUGGCACUACAUUCUUAACGUUUGAAACCGUUACAAUGGUACCUUAUGAGCCACACCUUAUUGUCAAAGAGCUGUUGAGUCAACAAGAGGUAAACUGGAUCAACGCCUACCAUAAAACAGUUCAGGACACGAUUGGCCCACUCUUGGCUGAUGACGCACUCGCCGCUUCCUGGUUGUCUGCAAGGACAAAACAUAUGACUCUAGAAAACGAAACAGGAAGUGGAAAUCAGCAGACUGCCUUCCUAAGCUUGGUUGCGUUCGCGUUUGUUACACAUUUCAUAUUAUGAUCAAUUCAUUGAGAUUUCUACUUUUCUUACUUGUUCUUUUUUAACUUAAAAGAACUAUUUGAAAAAUAUCACCAGUAGCAGUCCCACAAAAAAGGUAUUUAAUCAAUUCACUUUCGUAUUGUUGGUGCCAUAUAAGCAUGCUACACUUAUUCCUUUUUUAAGAAUAUACAAUUUCAUAUAAACUAUAUAUUAUGCUUGUUCUGAACACGCUUUAUCAAUUGAUAAAAUAGAGUAUAUAUUCUGUGAAUAAUUUAUAUUCCUGAUUAAUAAUGGCACAUACAAUUUAAGUAUAUAUCCUUGUUUACAACCAGCUAUUUGCGGUAUAACAAAUACGUACUGAUUUAGAAGUAUUCUAUUUAUCAUAGAGUUAAUUUGUAGUAUCUUGUAAAUGUACUUAGUAUAGGGUAAAAAGUUUAAGCUAUAACUUUCAGCAAUACGAAAUCUACUAUUCAGAAAACAUUUGCUUUAAGUUUUGUUUAAAUAUAGAUAUGCAUGAUUCAGAUAUUAUUAUUAGGAAUGAAAUUUGCAUUUAAUAUAACUGAUGUAAAAAGUCCUUUCUGGUGACCCCGUACAAAAUUAACAUAGCGAGAAUUGACGUGAGUGUGAAGUAUGUGAUUAAAGUUAUAUAAUGUACAUGCAUUUUACAUAAGUUAUUGUAUUUCUAAUUGUUAUUAAAACUUUAUCGACUAUACUGAAUGAGGGUCCGAAAUAAUCUUCCCGCUAUUGGUGUUUAAUCAAUAAAUGUAUAAUAAGUUUCCAGGUAUCUCCACUUAUCAGAUAAUUGUCCUACUAUAAUGUCAUAACACUAUUUACAUCCAUUUUUGUCCUGGUGUUCGUGAAAUAGGACCUGGCAAUGUUGUGAUUUUCUAAAACAUCUUAGUAGAUCCAUUAUGGAAAGAGAUAUACAGUCAGAUUUUUAAAAUUUUGUAUCGGUAUAAUGAAAUGCUUUUUCGACAAAUAGAAAAUUAUUCAAGUUAUGUGAUAAACUUUCAAAUUCGUAGGUGGUGAUAAGUCUUGUUUCAUAAUCUUGUAAGAUCCUCAAUGCGCGAAACAGCAUUUAUCUAAUGAUUUGAUUUUCGAUAUAUCAAUCCUAGAUGGGUAUUGGAAUUUUAUCAUCUUUGUCAAUGUUAUUGUCACUAACAUAUAGUUAACGCAAACCAGACCCAGAAUAAUCAACAUGGAAAAAGCUGUCAACACAAAACAAUAAAACAACUCAAUUCUUACACAUGUAGAUGGUUAAUUUUUCAAUUUGCAACUUUAAGCUGACGAAGUAAUCCGAAAACGUAAAUGUUUCUAUGUUAAAAUAUCCUGCUACAAGUUGUAGGUCGUUGUUUCUAAUAAGAUGUUUGUUUUGAAAUACUUAUUUACCUAAGUGUAAUAACAAUAGAUCUCUGAUUUUUAUAAUCUUAUUGUGAUCCUUUCUAUAUUUUCUGCAGAUAUGUUCAUAUUUCUAUGGUUUUGCUAUUAAAAUGACAGAUUUACCUAUUUCAUAAGAAAUUGCAUAUGGCAAAUACAUGCUUUAGAUAAUGUGUUUGUGCUAAUGCACAUUUGUUUGUCAUUUUUGUUAACGAUUGUCGGUCCUCGAGAAUAAACAUGACAUAUAGAUCGUGAAAAUGUAACAAAGAAUAUACUUUUCCAUAAAGAUGAUGUGAUAAUUAGCGAUUGAUGAUAAUGCUGAUUAGAUAUAGUGUUAUAAUUGUUUCAUACAUCCCUACAUCAAUUUAUGUUCUAUUUUAGAUAAACAUGCUUUACAUUUCUGUUUCUGUGUAAAAGAUUUUUGUUUGAAAUAGAAACUAUGCUGACAAAUUUCAUUUGAAAUAAACAAUGUAAAUGUCAUAGAUCAUUGCAUGUACAGUGAUUUUACAGUUGAAUGCAUACAAAAACAGAUUAUCUCGUGACGUAUAUUUAGUUUUUCAACAAACUAGGAACCAGACAACAUAUUAUACAUGAAGAUGAUGGACUCUACACGAAAAUUAUUUUCAUGACUAUACAUUUAUAUAGAUUAAGAGUUAAACUACUAUAUGUGCAUAAACAAGUAGAGAAAAGUACUCUAGAAGACUCAAGCGUACAUCAGAAAACAAAAAUGGUGAUAUGAUCAUUCGGAUAUCGCACUACAGAUAUAGUUGAUAUGGUACCGAGAUGUUGCUACUGAACGAUCGCGGGUAGGUCAAACACGUUCAUUACUGAUUUGUUGUGGAAGUGAUCAUUUAAACAGAAAUAUAGAAAUUAUGUUGCAUAUUCUAUACAUUAGGUGAAAGUGAGUGCAUUUUUCGAGAGUUAAAGCAAGAAACGAUAAUAUUGUAUUAUGCAUAUUGUUAACAGAAUUGUAGUCACAAAAUUAUUAAAAAUUGCUGCUUUUGAAA